UUGGGGAAUUUAAGCAGCAGGUUAGGAUAAUUCGAUUCCUAACCUGCUAUAAAAAGCAACAUACGGUCGUAACUAUAUCUAAGUUGCGUGUCCUUAUCUUAUAUACUCUGCCUUUUUCCUGCAACAACUCAACUUCUCUGUUGUGCUCCUCUCAUUGAAAGUUCAACAAUUAUCCGGUUAAUUCUAUUCAUAAGAACAGUUUACGAAGAACAAGAACAACUUUUCCUGUUCCUGUUUCGGGGGUGGUUUUGUUUCACUGGUAGGCUACAAUCAACAUUAGGACAGUCCUCUGCCUCUUCUCAAUACAUGAAAGAUAUGAAAGCGUGUUCAACGUGAUAUCCCGUUGUGUCAUUGAGAAAGACCACUCGUAUGAUCAUCCCUAUGCUGCUGAGAUGGAGGAGGCGUACACAGAGCUGUACAGGGAGUUCCUCCGACUGCGCUCGCUAUGUCUGAAGCAGGCUGCUCUACUCCAGCAACUCACAGAGACACUGAGGAGACAGCGAGGAGAAGCCCCUGUUCCUGAUGGACAACCCAGCGUAAUGGCAUCAACCCCAGUCCAGUGCACCCAGGAUGUCCUGGGGUCUCUCCCUGCACAGCCAGAACCCCCAAUGGUACCAACACACAACCCUGCUGCACACCGUGGCGGUAUAGUCCUAUCUGGGACCUUUGGCUCACUCUCUGAUCUCCUGGAGGGGGAUUUGGGCAGACUACGGCUGGACUUUUCUCAUCCAGGGACAGAAAGGAAUGAGGUCCUCAAAGCCGCCCCCCUCAGGCCUCUGGAUCUACCUGGGGGUAAUAAUGGAGAGGUGGCACCCUCCAUUGUCUCUGGGGACUCGAAGCAAGCAGGUCGAUUAUGGGGUGAUGAUACGACCCGACAAAUGUUCCGGAUGCCCUCGGCGUGUGGCUCCUUCUUGGACAGUGAGUUCCUGAGCCAGACCAGGGGAAUGAUGCUGAUGUCAGAGGUGGCAUUGCAGUCUCAGGUGUGUGAAUUCUGCAGUGCUGUGUUCCCUGGCUACACCACCACCAGGGGGGACUUCCUGCGCCACCUCCACACACACAUCAGCUAAAACUCUGGUUCCACGUUGAUUCAACGUCAUCGCAGAUUUUUGGGGGGUUGAAAUGACAUGGAAACAAUGUUGAUUCAACAAGUUUUUUUUCCCAUAGGGUUAAUAUGUUGCCACAGUGAUCAGUAAUUUGCGCCAUAUGGGCCCUGGUCAAAAGUAGUACACUAUAUCAUAGGGUGCUAUUUGGGAUGCAACCUUGGUCUUUCACAAUCAAAGCAGCGACGCAAAAGCACACAGCAGAACUCCUCAACGAGCCACCAGAUUGGCAGCUAUAUCUCGCUAUAUUUAGUCUGCUCUCUCAUCAUGGUGGUGGGGGGUGUGCAGGCUCGAAUGGAGUGAAAAGAGGGUGACAUCACAAAUACAGGUGAGUCAUGCAAGCAUCAUUUGUGCAGGAUUAGCACUCAGCACAGAACUGGAAGUAACAAACAACUUGACGGCUGUGAUGAUGGUGGUGGUGAUAUUGGGGGGAGAGUGGGAAUGUCUGUUUGGACUUAGUGCUUUUCUAUUAGUUCCCUAAUUGCUGGCAGAAUUCGAAUGACGAAGGCUUAUUCAGCCUUAUCGUACAUUUGACUCUUAUGCUCCGUCAAAAUGGAUUUCCUCAAAAGGAGUGCAACAGAUGGGGCCACAAGAUUUUUAAAACAAUAAAAUAACAUUUAUUGAGAUUUAACAAAAUAAAUAAUCUUCUGUUCAACAUAACAAACUGAGGUUGUUUAAUGCUUGUGAGGCCCGAGGUUACAGUUUAGGUACCUCAUGGUAAUAAUGUGUGCAUCCCAAAUUGCAUUCUAUUUCCUCUAUAGAGCACCACCAAUAACCAGAGCCAUAUGGGCCCUGGUCAAAAGUAGUUCAUUUUAUAGGAUAUUGAAGGCCUUUUGGGAUACAGAAAAUGAAAUGUCCUUGAUUUACCCUGAUUUCUUAAUCAUCCAAACACCUUUCUUUUCAACAUUCAUACCCAGUAACAUCUGAUGAUGUUUUCUUAAAAAAACAAACAGUUAAUUAUCCAAAACUCCAUAGUCAAAGAAUUUAGUGUUUAAUAUGACAUACAUACUGUAUAAAAAAAUAAAACAUUGGGAGAUGAUCAUUCGUCAUUGUUACCUAAGUAAUUGCCUCAAGCAAGAGUUAUGCAAAUGAUUGUUGCUUGUAAAUUAUUGUUCCUUGUUUAAGCCUUAAGUUAAAUCAAAGAAUGUUGAGUUCACCAAUAAAUCUAAUCUAAGGGCUCAAUAAUAUUAACAUCCAAACCCACCUCUCCAAAUGAACAUAAUCUCAGUAGGUGUCAGUGACACUUGCUGCAGUAUUGGGAGGAAAAGGCCUCAACCUGAUUAUCGUCUCUGUACACAUAUAUUUCUGUUUAUCACCUAACUAUCAAACAGUCAACACUCGAACGAGUGACACUUUGCAAACCAAGCUUUAACGGCAGUGUCAUUACAGAUACUUAUCCUCAUCACAAGUCCUUUCUCAGUUACAACCUUGUAUCAACAGAACAAAAAUAGCACCAAAAGUUAGUCAUGAUAUCAACAUUUUGCAUCCAUUGUCCCGGGGAGGAGGGGAUUAUUGGGAUUAUGUUCAUAGGGGACAAACAGACAUUGUCACAUUAUGUGACAAACCUCCCACAGUUGUGUAAGUGUUACAGUAGUCCUGUGGAGAUGUGGCUAAUGCCCUCGGAGGGCUGUUUGGAGGGGUUGGGCACACUAUAUACAGAGGUAAAGUUGUAGAGCACCUGUCUCUCAAUUUCAGUACUGGAGGGCCAUAGUAUUUGCAGGUUUAGGAUGUGUUGCCUCAGCCACCUGAUUCAGCCAAUCAUGGGUUCUGUCCCAAAUGGCACCCUAUUCCCUAUAUCAUGCACAGCUUUUGACCAGGGUUCUGAUCAAAGUAGGGCAUUAUAUAGGGUGCCAUUUAGGAUGCACAUUUGAUUUAGAUUGGAAUUAUUUAUUCCACGUCCCCUUCCCUGUACUACUACUGUUAGUGGUUUAAGUACAGAUGGAAAGCCUGCUGAGUUUGGCCCUCCGGGAUUGAAGGUGAUGAGAGGCAGGGUUGUUGAUGGGUUCUCAGGAUGAUGAGUGGUUGGUUUUACUACUUUCCCCCUUGGUCCGAGUCAUCUUUGGUGCUGCCAGGGCUGCUGCUCCUGCACACAGCUGCUGUGCUCCUCCUCUCCGCCUUAGCCUCAAAGUCUGGAAGAGGAAAGAUGAGGGCUGUUAGCCUAUAUGCCCGACUGAGACAAUAUGAUGACAAUACAUUAUUACUCCCCUGAACCUUUGAGUGCUUGCUAUGGUCAACUGUACACCAAUUAAUGUAUACUAGAUUGGUUAGGGUCAUAACUUUUACGAGUACUUCACUUACUCAAAGUAAUAAAACUGGAAAUACAACAACACCA